UUCCCUCGCUUGCCUCACUCUCUCCCUCGCUCUCUAUCUGGUUGGGUAAGGAGAGCGCUGGCUUCUUCUCCGGCGAUGGGAUGCACCGAGAAGCAGCGCCCGGCCAGCGCGGUGGGCGCCAAGACGGCGCGACCCUGCGAUGGUUGCCUCCGCCGACGCGCCCGGUGGUUCUGCGAGGCCGACGAUGCCUUCCUUUGCCAGGUUUGCGACGUGUCCGUCCACUCCGCCAACCCUCUUGCCCGCCGCCAUCGCCGCGUCCGCCUCAAGACUGCCUCCUUCUCCGGCUUUUUAUCUACGACGGAGGAUGGGUUGGGCGAUCAUGCGACACCCGCGUGGCUUCAUGGCUGCAAGCGCAAGCCCAGAACCCCUCGUGGCAAGCCGGGGGUUGCCGGAGCACCCACGGCGGCCAAAGUGGAGCCCCUCGUGCCCGACCUCGAGGCGUUAUCGGCGGAGGAGAACCAAUUCAACGAGGAGGAUCAGCUCCUCCACUGCGUGCCCAUCCUUGACCCUGUUCUCGCCGAGCUAUUAUCCCAGCCUCACCAAGACCACGCCAACGGUUCGGACACAGAGGCGAAGCCGGCCGUGCAGCUCUUGGAGCAGGCUCACGUCUCCGCCGUCCCCACCGCUGACGGUCUUGGGGGUUUUCAUGCCUCGGACUUGGAGCUCGAGCAGUUUGCGUCGGACAUGGAGGUCUUGCUUGGAUCGGGGCUCGACAACGACUCCUUCUGCAUCGACGGGCUGGGUUGGAUGAACGGCACGGUGGAGGACGACAGCGACGGACAGGUGAAGGUGGAGGUGGACUUGGACGUCGCCGGGACGAGCAGCAAUUUCAGAAUGGAGAUGGACCUUCCCAAGGGGGCACUGGACCUCGGUUUCGACUCACAGAUGAUGGCAGUCGAAGUGGACGAGCAUAAGCCAUUGCAGCAGGCGGAGACGGCUUCAAACAACUACAGGGCGGAGGCAGCCGCGAAGAGGAAGAUGAUACUGAGGCUGGACUACGAGGCUGUCAUCGCCGCUUGCUCUUCUAAUGUGUUGUCGCUGUGGAUAGAUGGGGUGAGACCGGAUUUCGAUCCCAACGAUUCAUGGCCAGACGUACCAGCGAUGGCAGGAGGAGCAGCAGCGAUGAAGGAGAUGCAUUAUCAACAGGAGGUGGCUCACGCGGCGGACGAAGGAAGGGAGGCGAGGGUGUCGAGGUACCGGGAGAAGCGGAGGAGGAGGCUCUUCUCGAAGAAGAUACGGUACGAGGUGCGGAAGCUGAACGCGGAGAAGCGGCCGAGGAUGAAGGGCCGGUUUGUGAAGCGGCCGGCGUUCCCAGCCGCCGUAGCCUGUCGAUGAAACAGGAGCUGUCGAGCCGUUAGACUUGUAGAAUACCUUAGAAUCGUUAGUCGUCUCUCCUUUCUUAUGCUGAGAAAGGGCAGAUCUACUACCACAUGCAACCUUAGAGCAUGGCUACGUAGUUAUCUGGAAUUGCCUGCAAGAAGAGUACUAGUUUUUGUGCUGUCAGUGCAAGCAGGAAUUAGCGUAGAAUUAUCAACGGGAGUUGAUAUGUUGUAUAGAUAUGAAGAAAUUUGGGACUCUCUACUACAGUACUAGUACCUGAAAUUUGCUGAAGCAACGGUGAAGAUUGAGUUUA